GUCAAACAGCCUUUUCUUGUACAAAAUCAGAGCAUCCAUUGAAGCUUUCCCAAUGUCCUCAUCGUCUCUCCCGAUCCCGUGUUCCCCUGUGGUCAGCGCAGUCAUGUCGCAGGAAAAAUCAAUGUCAAGCUGCCGAGCAUAAGACCAACCACUACAGCCAACAGCCUACUUUGUGAUCUCUGUUUCCUCCCGUUCACCAAGAUCUUUCCCAGUCAAGAUUUUCUUCCUUGCCCACAAGAAAACUAGAACACUUUUUUCUCUUACCUUCCCAACAAGCAAACUCCACAUCGCACCUCCAUGAUUGAAGCAAUCCUGACGCUGCUCCCGGGACUGCUUCUUGAAUUUUGAUCUGGGCCGUUUCCUGAACCAGAAAAAAGUUGACGGCCACUGAACCAGGGGAGGCAAAACUGAAAUAAAGGUCUGAAUAGAUGGAGAUGGAUUCGCUCUCGGGCCGGCCGAGCAUGGAGUCCUCGGGAAGAUCGGGAGAGUCUCAAUCUGGUCACGACAAGCUGCUCAACUGUUCCAGCGAUGAAGCAGCCUUGGAAUGGUCUACUUCCAUUGAGACGUCGGAUGCAUCGCUGGAUUGCGCAGAGGCACCGGCAGGUUCCGGUGUGAAGGCAUAUAAUUUGCAGAAACCACUGAGGACAUUAACUAGGAGAUCUAGUUUAAGGUUGGCUAAGGGAUUGACAAGAAUGUCCAGUUCAAAACUCAGAAGGUCUUCUUCGAAAAAGAUCACUGUAGUAGGAGAUCUUCAAAGGAAGAAAUUGAGGAAGUUGUGGUCCGUUAGGCUUGCGGGGUUUCAGACCGCAAGGCCUUCUAGAAGAAAACCAAGUUUGCUAUGUGACCAGCCUUUAAGUUCCUUGAGUGACCUGGAUGCAUUGCCAAAUUAUUUGAAGUCAACAAGAUGUUCUGACGUGAAGAAGGUGAGUUCUCAAGCAAGUCAUCGUGAUUCUGAGCUGGCUGUCCGCAGCAGUAAUCAGAAUGGAAAAUUCUCGACUGGCUUUAAGCCAAAGCAGAGUCCUUCCAGUAAUAAAUCUGUUAAAGGCUUUACAAGAACUCCUACCUUCAGACCUGUGAGGAUUCUGACUAAAAUGGCCAGUUUGAAACCGAAGAGGUCUUCUGUAUGGAAAGAGCCGCAAAUUUCUCAGUCCCCCGACUCGAGCAUUCAUAGACCUACCUGUUCGUCGGCUAUUAGGAGGUCAAAGAUUCCUGAGCAGCCAGAGGAUCCACAAGAGGGUAAUUCAUCUGAAAGGAUUUUGGUGAAGAAAUUUUGUCCGUAUAGCUACUGUUCUCUUCACGGUCAUCACCGGCAUGAGGAAGCUCCUACAUUGAAGCGUCUGAAAUCGGCAAGAAAGCGUGUGAAUGCACAGCGAAGCAAGAAACUGGAAGGGCAGCCCUCUCAAAGAGUAAACAAUACACGCAACUCGGUAGAGGGAACUGAGUUGAGCAAAAUAGUCCCCCAGGGACAGCAAGCCAUUGAAGAAAAAGGGAAUGUCACUCCCACUGUUCAGGAACUCAAGAGGGAAGUUCCUGUAGAAAUCUACACUGGGCCAAAAGCAGAUCCAAAUGGAGUUGCAGCUCAAGAUGGAGGCAAAGUUAACUCUGAUUCUCUGGGUCUAGUUGAAACAGAGUCUGUUGAGAUUAUGAGUCCUCAUGAAAGUUCUAGAGAAAGUAUUCAGAAAGCAUGUCUUCACAGUGAGGAGCAGCAUGUGGUGGUGCCUCCUCUGACCCUCAACGAGGAGACACAUACGGAACUUCAUCAAAGUGGAAGUGAAUAUGAAAUGGGCAUUACUGACUCUAUAAAUACACUAAAGCGUGAAGAGGAAAGUUCAUUGGUUAAUUGCAAUACUGGACGAGGGAAUGUUGCUUUUGAUGAAGAUCAAGCUACAUCCCCAGCGGUCUGCCAACUGAAACCUGAAGAUGGUGGUGGUUUGUCCCAUUACCUGUCCUCCAAGUUGACUGAUAUCACAGAAACAUGUCAUUCAGAAGACCCACAGGAUGUCAACAUUGUCAGAGAAGUUGACGGAGAAGAGCCCUCAUGUCUGGAGUCAGAACUUCACCUGACUGAAUCAGCAAUGAAUGGUGAAAACACCACUGUAUCAGAUAGCAUGGCUGAUGAGCUACCAUGCACAUCAGAUGUAUGUAUUAGCAGUACAGAAUCUGCUGAGGCCUUAAAGGAUGAAUUAUCUUUGGUGAGUGAAGCGAAGGGAGAAAACGCAGCAGCUCAAUUUGGAGACUCUGAGCCGGAUGAUCCAUUUGAGACUCCUCGGGGAAUGAAGAAGUAUAAUGGGUUGUGGCACCUAAUAUAUCAGCACAUGGUCUCAGAUAUAGCUGGAAGCAAAGGGUCGCAGCCGUUCAAUCUAGAAAAUGAGAAAGAACGUGUGGAAGAGGGCAGUACACUGCCUGGAGUGGACGAAACUGACCGCUGUCAAGAGGUUUCUGAACGUGGUCAGGACACUGGGACGCCAACCAAUGAGGAAGACCGGCAGCCAAUGGAACUGCGCCAGAGUGAUGCCAUCAAACUGUUACAAGAAGCAAUUAACAAAAUUCUUCUUUCCCAAACCCCAGUUCAGAAGUUUGACAGCCAGUCAACUGGUAAUGAUACAGAUACGGAGGAGCAGUGUCACUCUGAUGGGAAGGAUGGCAGCCGAGGUGCAAUCGAAUCAUCAAGAGUCUCUACUUCGCCUGAACUUCAAAAUGGUGUGGCCCCAGAAUCUAAAGAAGAGCAGGUCAGAUCUGAAAAUCUCUAUGCCAAGAAGGAACAAACGGAAACUAAGAUUUGGAACAAGCCUAACCAGCCUACACUUAAGAGAUGGAGCAAUGUGAAAAAGUUAGUCCUUCUCAAGCGAUUCGUCAAGGCAUUGGAGAAAAAUAGGAACUUCAAGCCAAGAAUACCUAGAAUCCCAUCCUCAGACCUUUACUCAGAAGCAGAGAAGGUUAGCUUGAGACGGCAAUCGACAGAAGAGAGGAAGAAAUCUGAGGAAUGGAUGCUUGAUUUUGCACUCCGGAAGGUCAUUUCCAACCUGGAUCCUGUGCAGAAAAGAAAAGUCACUCUCCUUGUAGAAGCCUUUGAAACUGUCGUCCCAGCACAAGGAGGUGAAUCUCCCAUUAGUCCACAUUCAUCAUUUUCAUCUCCUGUUCACUGUGCUAAAGCCAACACAAAUUGCUUAGUCCCGGAUGACAAACCAAGAGGCCCGGAGGAUGGAUACUCUUCUGGGACUUUGACUGGGAAGUCUUCAAGCACUUUACCAGUUGCCCAAGGCAGCAAUUCCACAACUGAAGAACUAGAGAAUUCAGUGGCAUUCUCUGAGGCCAAUAUAACAGGUCAGGACUUUCGUACGAUAAACAGGGAAUUAAGCAUGGCGAACUUCAAUGAAAACACUAUGAAAAUUAGCUUUACAAGACCUGAUGUGGUUAUGACUGAGUCCACCAUUCCGAGUGAUCUAUCUGAUCAGUUCUUGAGUGCAGAAAACAGUGAAAAUGAAAUUGACAUUGAAUUAUCAGGCAAUGAAAAUGUUCAGGAGGAGAGUGCAAGGAAAACUCCAAGUUCAAAUUUAACACCUGAGGGUGCUGAUGCUGGAUCAAACAGAAAAAGCUCUGAGACUGAAGGUUUAAUGGGUGAAACAGUGACAAUAUUCAAUGAUUCUAAAGGUGAUUCGCCUGAAGAUAAAGAAGUAUUGGAGCCAGAUGAUCAAUCUCCUGUUGGAAGAAAGAAGUAUAAUGGGUUGUGGCACCUAAUAUAUCAGCACAUGGUCUCGGACAUAGCCGACAGUGGAGGAUUGCAGACGUUCAAUCUAGAAAAUGAGAAAGAACAUGUGAAAGAUGGCAGCACACUGCCUGGUGUUGAUGAAGCUGACCAUCGUCAAGAGGUUUCUGAAGGGGGUCAGGACAUUGAGGAAGCAACCGAUGAUGAAGAUCGACAGCAGAUGGAACUGUGCCAGAGCGAUGCCAUCAAACUGUUACAAGAAGCAAUUAACAAAAUUCUUCUUUCCCAAAGUGUACAUCAGAAGUUUGAUGGCCAGUCAGCAGCUAGUGAUACGAAGUUGGAGGAGUGUUAUCACUCUGAUGAGAAGGAUGGAAGCAGAGGUGAAACUGAGUCAUCAGGCAUCUCUACUUCCCUUGAACUUCAGAAUAGUUCAGCAUCAGAUUCAAAAGAAGAGCAGGUCAGAACUGAAAAUCUGCAUACCGCGAAGGAACAGACAGAAACUAAGAUUUGGCACAAGCCUAACCAGCCUACACUUAAGAGAUGGAGCAGUGUGAAAAAGUUCAUCCUUCUCAAGAAAUUUGUCAAGGCAUUGGAGAAAACUAGGAACUUCAAGCCAAGGGUGCCAAGAAGCCCGUCCUCAGAACUUUCCACAGAAUCUGAGAAGGUUAGCUUGAGACAGCAAUCUACAGAAGAGCGGAAGAAAUCUGAGGAAUGGAUGCUUGAUUAUGCACUCCGAAAGGUCAUUUCCAACCUGGAUCCUGCACAGAAAAGAAAAGUUACUCUCCUUGUAGAAGCCUUUGAAACUGUUGUCCCAACGCAAGGAGGUGAAUCUCCCAUAAGUCCAAAUAUAUCAUUUUCAUAUCCUGUUCGCCGUGCUAAAGCCAACAUGAAUUGCUCAGUCCAUGAUGAAAAAAUAAUACCCAGUGAGGAUGGAUACUCUUCUGAGACUCUGACUGGGAAGUCAUCAAGCACUUAUCCAGUUGCCCAAAGCAGCAAUUCCCCAACUAAAGAGCAACAGAAUCCAGUGGCAUUCUCUGAGACCAAAGGAACAGGUCAGGACUUUUGUAGAAUCAGUAGAGAAUUAAGCAGGGCGGUCACUGAUGAAAGCCUCAGGAAAAUAAGUUUCUCAAGUCCUAAAGAGGUUCUGAGUAAGUCUGUCAUCCCAGGUGAUCCAUCUGAUUGGUGCUUUAAGGCAGAAAACAGCAAAUAUGUACAGGAGCAUGCAAGGAAAACUCCAAGUUUAAAUUCGCCACCUGAGGGUGCUGAUGCUGGAUCAAACAGCCAAAGCUCCGAGACCAAAGGUUCUUUGGGCAAAACAGUGACAGUAUUGAAUAAUUCUAAAGGCAAUUCACCACAAGAUAAUAACGCAGAGUCCCCUUCGGCCUCAGUUGAUGACACAUUGGAGGAGCCCAUGACAACAAGUCAAGAAGGUAAACAUGGAACAAAUCCCAAAGAUGAGGUCCUCUCUGAUUCAUCUCCACUUGAGGAUUCCAUGCCUGUAUGUGUCACUAAUGCAGAACAGGAAGUACAGUUGGAGAACAAGAAGUACUCAAAUCUUUGGUACUUGAUACACAAGCAUAUGGUAUCGGGUCUUAAUACAGAAGAUGGAAGCAGGUCACCUUUUGAUGGAUCCAGCAAGGAAGACGAAGAAAAGGAGAAUAAAUUGGACAGAAGGUACGAUUCUUGUCCUCGUCGAGAUUCACCAGAAGCAGAAGAUCAGCAAGCAUCUCUGGGUCAGAGGGCUGAUUGUGAAAAGAUGGAACUCAGAAAGAUUGAGGCCAUUAAGCUGGUACAAGAAGCAAUUGACAAUAUCCUUCUUCCGGAAGCAGAGGAAAGUUCACCAGAUGGUCAAUAUUCUGGUAAGAAUAUUCAAUAUGAGAAGACAGAAUGUGCAGAGACUCUCAUUUCAGCAUCAAAUAAUUCAGCUGAUUAUGGAAGGGUGGAACCUGAAAGGACAGAACAACCCAGAGCUUCAGGUCAAGAAACACAGCUCCAAUUUGUUACUGCUAGUGGUGCUUCCCAAGAAGAAGAUAGAACAGAGCCCAAGGUGGCACGCAAAUUUAGCCAAGGAGCAGUGAAAAAUUGGAGUAAUCUGAAGAAGGUAAUUCUCCUUAAUAGAUUCGUCAAGGCAUUAGAGAAGGUGAGGAACCUCAACCUACAGAAGCCGCAAUAUCUUCCCCCUCAGACAGACGAUGAGCCAGAAAAAGUCAAUUUGAGGCAUCAGGACAUGGAUGGAAGGAAAAAUACUGAGGAAUGGAUGUUGGAUUAUGCCCUUCAGCAAGUUGUCUCCAGAUUAACUCCGACAAGGAGAAGAAAAGUUCACUUACUCAUAGAAGCUUUCGAAACGGUUAGUCCUCCAGUUGGGAAGUGAUCAUGCUUCAGGCACAAGGAACAGCUUUGAGUCAUGCAAAUCUCUUUAUUCCUCAUUUAUUAUCGAGGUAAAUAAGCGAAGUCUCUUCAGUGAUGAGAAUUCAUGGUCAUGACUUCAGAGUGUUACUGGAUUCAUCAAAUUGGAAUGUUUGGGCAAUCCAAGGAGAUAUGCGGUUCAUUUAUUGUCCUUCAAUAAUUGUGUCAUAACAUGUAAGUGGGGGCUGUUAGCUCCUCUCACCUCAGAUAGAGUCUUAAUUUGCAUAGAUUAAUAUAUGAUUCCUAUUUUGAUAUCACCAGGAGUCGAUUUACAAGUCAAUGUACAGAUGAAAUUGUGGUCAUUGAGUUUCUUUCCCCAGCUAGAGAUAUAAUGGAGUGUGAUUAUGAAAAAGGAUUUCACAUUUUUGACCAUUUGUUACAUACUUAUGAAUGAGGCAAUCUUUUCUG